AAUGCGGAUAACUCUCUAGAAUCUAACAACUCCCGCCAGAACUCGUUCGAUGAACUGAUCAUGAAGGAGGAAGCCCUCAAGCAGCGGGACGAAAUGGUUUCCUGCCUGCUGGAGGAACUCGUCAAAGUGCGCCAGAGUCUAGCCGAAAGCGAAGAUGUGAUACGAAACCUUAAGACUAAGAUCCAAGAGUUGGAAGAAGACAAGAAACGCCUCCGGGAAACCAGUAUCGACAACUCGGUGGCACAUCUGCAGGACGAACUGAUAGCCAGUAAGCUACGGGAAGCGGAAGCUAGUCUAUCGCUGAAGGAUCUCAAGCAGCGAGUGCAAGAACUAAGUACCCAGUGGCAGCGACAGCUGUCGGAACAGCGGAACGAGGCUGCCCAGAGCAGUGAAUCCGGUGCCAAAAAACUCCUGUUUUGGGAAUCCUCCCGAACGCAGGACAUUCAAAAGCUGGAAGAGGAGUUGAUGACGACUCGGAUUCGGGAGAUGGAAACGUUAACCGAGCUGAAGGAGCUUCGGCUCAAAGUGAUGGAACUAGAAACGCAGGUGCAAGUUUCCACCAACCAGUUGCGCCGGCAAGACGAAGAAUCGAAGAAGGUGAAGGAAGAACUGGAAGAAGCGUUGACCCGGGAACGAGAGUUGUCCAAUAAGGCUCGUGAACAACAGCACCGCUACUCGGAUCUGGAAUCUCGCAUGAAGGAUGAACUGAUGAAUGUCAAAAUCAAGUUCACCGAGCAGAGCCAAACGGUGGCGGAGCUGAAGCAGGAGAUUUCCCGACUGGAAACCAAGAACUCCGAGAUGCUGGCGGAAGGUGAGUUGCGAUCGAACCUGGACGAAUCCGAUCGUGUUCGCGAUCUGCAAGACAAGGUUGCCGAACUGAAGGCCGAGCUGACGGCGCUCAAGUGUCGCGGAACGAACCUAAACAUGAUGCGAAUGAUCAAGAGCACCUCGAUCCAGUCGAUCGAUUCCACCAACGAGAUCGAUUUCAGCGAAAUGCAACUGUCGCGGAAGGACAUUAUCACAAGUAACAGCACGUUGAACCACCAUCCGCAGCAGCAGACGCAGCGUCAUCAGCAAUCGUCACCGAUUGCCACUUCUACGUCGACGUCGUCUUCGUGAAAUUUAGCGUUUAAGUCAGUAGCGAUAAUAGGUUGUAGUUGCACUAGUAGCAAAUCAUCGUCAAAAUCAGUUUAGCCGUGAUGUUCUAAAGUAGCCACUUUGCAGUCAUCUACAUAACCUAAGAAUACAUAGUUCGAACUAGUCGAACCUUCAUCGAAACAGAAAUCAUCAUUCUCACACGAAUCGAAGAGCAUCAAAAAGAGGGAAGCAAGCGAAAAGUAAUAGAACCAGUACUGUUUUCUAAUAAAAAUAGAAAAAAAGUUUCGAAACUAGGUGGAACAAGACAGAAAAAUGAAUCCGAUACGGUAGAGUUGUAAGAAAUAUACUAUGUCCGGGUUGUACUACGAGAGUAACACAAGUGCGACUGAUUAACCCUACAAACAAACCUACGAGACGCUGUUCUUAUGAGUUGUGAAUUGUGUAAUAUGUGUUUAGUUUAUACUUUGUUCGUUAAGUAUUUUUAUAAAUAUCCUUUUUUAUUUAUGUUGCCCAAAAAAAGCUGAGAUAAUGCAAAGUUUAACUAAAACCCAGCAUAUUAUUUACCUAUACAAGUAAUAGACCUUACUGUUCCUGACAGAACAGGAUCAGGUGAAGCUGAAAGCGCGCAAUAGUUCGGCAAUAGUGUAUGCAAUCUUCAAUCAUAGACGACUAUUCUUAUUAUUAUUAUUAUUCUAAUUAUUAUUAAUUAUUUUGUGUUGUCGUUUUGGUUUGAAUUAUUGUAUGUAUGUUUGUUUAUUCGUCUAUUUCAGUUUAUUUUACGCAACAAAAGUCGCAAUCCAGAGUUGACGAGAGUUUAACUGUCGUAUAUUAUUUGUUAACAAAGUACAUCAAAACAACUAUGAAAAAUUCUGUGGUAAUUCAUGUUGUCUUCAUAUACAGUGGAUGCUAGAUAACUGUCGCAUAUUUACGUUUCACUUAUCGAACUAAGACGGUGACCCUUUUUACCGAUAGCGAUCUGAAUGCUGCAAAGUUUUUGCACAUAGUUACCGGCUUCGCAGUUGAAAAGCAUUGCAACAUGUGUCGCAUUUAUCAUUCGUCUUCUGUACAAGGUGUUAACAAUAUGACCCUCUCCUGCAUCUAUAGUCCAAGAAUCGUUUUUAUGAAUGAAAUUUUGACAGGAGGUUGCUUCGUAACAUGUGAAUAUCAACAUCGUUAUCAAUACUGUUUUCGUUUCGUAAAAUGGCUCAUUUACAAAAGAAACAAAUAUCAGCUCGUCUGUUUCACCACAGAAUACCAAUGAAUUGGUCUACAACGACUGAUCAACAUCACACCUGAGCCCAAGUUUUCGUGUCAACGUUUGCAUAAUGGUAUCUAUGAUUCAUACCAUCAGUAGGUCGGCUCCAGAAGCACGUUCUCCUCCAUUUGGGAAAUUUAUGCCAUUCAUACCAUUCGAAAAGAACGCGAUCGCGGAUCAAAAUAAAAAAAAAACUUAAAUAAACAAAACAAACAGCAUUGCAGUUUUGACGUAGGACUACGUCUCUCUUUUCUAUACCGGGUGUCAUUCUAAAUUUUCAGAAAUCGGCCGCGUUACGUUUGAAGUGGAGAUUUUGAGCGUUAAUAACUCAGCCAUUUCUCGUUGAAUUUUCAAAAUUUUGGCUCCAAUCGAUUCCAAAUCUUUACACCAAUUAUGUCCAAUAUUAACAUUUGCUGAUUUUCAAUAGCAAACUAUUGAAAAAUUGGGAAAAUUAAACCCAUGUUUAUUCCAGCCAAUCACGAUCGAGCACAUUUUGGAAGCUCCCGUCGAAUAUAAAAGCUACUGCUUCUUCGCAUCUUCCCUCAUUUGUCUUUGUCGUCUCGACGUGAACGCAUCGAACGAGAGCUGCCCACUUUCUUCGUUUGCGUUUUCGCUCAUUCUUCUUUGACGGCCGUGUCGGCUCGGUGGCGGUGGUUUUCGGCAAGGGUGCUGUUGCACAUUCACCUUCUAACCGUCUAACGCGGCAGACCAAGGAAGUGUUUGAACAUCGGAUUGAUCGACGGUGGUGGCAGAGGCAGCAGCAAAAUCCGGAAUCGCACCCACGGCAGCAAGCGGCGGGCCAAUUUUCGACGGCUUCCAGCAAACAGCACGGAGAAAUCCAACACGCAUUGCGUGGCAUGAUGAAUUGAUUUCAACUUCUUCGAAAAUGCUUCCUAGAGAGUUAAUUCCUGCAUCGACCGAGAAAGUGUAGUGAAACCAAAUAGUGCAAGAUUGAAUUCUUGGUGGUGGUUCAGCAACAGUGAGGGCGAUCACUAAUCUCAUCCACGGCAGCAAGCGGCGGGCCAAUUUUCGACUGCGUUCAGCAUUCAGCACGGGGAAAUCUAACACGCAUUGCGUGGCAUGAUUAAUUCAUGCCAAUUUUCUGUCUGAAAUCGUUCAAUAUUCAAACGGUUCUUUUCAGGACCAUAGAAAAUUAUUCCUCAAGAGUUGUGAAUCAGAUAAUUAUUUCAUUCCAUCGCUCGGUAAAAGUGUGGUGCAACCGAAAAGUGAAAAAUUGUAUGCUUGGUGGCCCCGCAACAAUAAUGAUGCCGGCCACUAAUUACUCCACCAGGAAUUUAGCAACGCUUUAUCCUAUCCAGAGCAUUUUUCGUGAAACAUUGUUUAAUUUAACCAUUUUUCGAAUUAAAAUUAUCUAAAUCUUCCAAUAUUUUGAUUACUUUAUUCGUUAAAUGAAAAUUUUCUCAUUUCUCGAUUGAUUAACCGUUUCAAGCGUCUGGUGCAUGCGGGGCGGGACAUGCAAACGAAAUAAACUGGAAAGCCAGCCGAAUGGGAGGAGCUUCAUCUGCCAAUCUAGGGACAUAAAAGCUGUUCCUCUGAUUUCUUUCGUCAUUUUCGUUGGAUCAGUCAGGCAGGGUGGAUGUCACCUCCACAGCUUGAACAGUAACACAUCAACCCAGCCGCAAAACUCUCGGCUAUCGUGCGGAUAGCACCAGGAAUCUCAUCCAUGGCAGAAAGCGGCGUACCAGAUUUCGGUGGCAUCCUGUAUUUAGCAAGGAGAACACCAACACGAAUUGCGUGACAUGAUGUUUUCAUGCCAUUUCGUUCCUAAAAUCGUCAAUUAAUCAAACGGUCCUUUUCAGGACCACCGAAAAUAAUUCCUCAAAAGUUGGAAAUCAGAUAAUUUCAUUCCAUCAAUCGAGAAAAGUAUGCCCGCAUAACCACUAACUGUAAAUGCAGCGUUUCUCAUACUGUUGAUGACUAUUAGCAAUUGUCAUUUAACCAUUUCUCAAACUGUCCGAGAUAACAGUAAGAUAACCAUACCACGUACAGAUUUGCCCGUUUGACAAAUGGUAAGCCGCCAAAUUACAGUAUGUGGAAUAGGCGGUUAAGAUAGGUUACCAUAAAAAUUCGCUCAUUUUCCUAAACAAAUUUUUCGCAAUACAGUAAAGAAUAUGGUCGAUAUACUAUCCAGUUUUUCAGACGAUUCAUUGCAUAGCAAAUGGUUGGGGAACAGUUUAACCAUGAACUUGAAAGAAAAACGAAUACAGUAUGUAUUACUGUUGAUUUAUAGUUCUUCAUAGUAGAAUACAGUGACGAUUCGCUCGUUGAGAGCUCGUUAAAUGGGCUGUCUCGAUGGUUGAAUGUUCACUGGUUGGGGCAAAACCCAACUAAAAAGCACUGUCAAUGUCAAAAUAGAUGUCAAAACGAGUUUGACGUCUGACCGCCGUCGCAUCACAGCUCCUGUAUACAGAACGUUUGCGCAAGUAUGUGAGUGUUUCUUGACGUUUUUCUCGACACUUGCGUGUGUCUAGAGCAUUUGGAUCAGUUGUCAGUUGCCCCAACGAACGAACACGAUUCGCUAAUCGGGGCGCAGUCGUGACCCAACCAGCGAAUCGGGACUGUAACUGCAUUCCGUAUUACAUAUAUAAAGUAAUGAAGAGAGAAACAAGAAGCGAAUUAAAUAAGAAUUAAUAGAACAAUUUUAUUUAAUACUCCGUAAUAGACCCCAUCACCCGAUAUAUUGUCCGAUAUGCCAAAAAAUGUCGUUUUCUGCUCCAGCUUCAAGCUUGCGUGUCGUUGUCAGCAGGAUUCUGGAUAAGCCACGGAAUUCCCGAAGCUCCAGCCGCUAGAGUAUAAUUGGGGAUUCAAUCAAGGGAAGGUCAAUCCAUAUCCAUACUUGAUUGCCCUGGCGUUGGAAGCGCAACCGCGCACAAGGAAAUGCCUACAAAAGAAAUAUAGUCGAUUCUUAGUUCAUUGUUCAACUCAAGAAACACCAGAAUCUUGCAGGUGGUACAAAAUACUCACCGUGGGCGGACGGUGCACCUCAUGCCUCGUUGCCGAACCUUCCGGAUGAUGCGCGAUGUUGUUUUGUUUUAGCGGCCACCUGUUGGCCACUGACGAGGACGAUCAGUCGGUCACCGGGUGGAAACCGUUUCCGCCUACGAAAAGAAAAGAUACACUGUAUGUUUUCGUUGGGUAGACAAAAUUUCUCUGAUAGAUAAAAUACUUACCACUUUCAAGAACGUUAACUGCUGCUGCUGGGUCGAUUUUUUUUCUCUUUGUUUUGGAAAUUGACAUUACAGCCAUACAUCGCAUACAUCAGCCGAUUUUCAUUGGUUCACAAAUACCGAUGCAUGCAACAGUUUGUCAUAUUGUUGAACAUAAGUAACAUAUAAUGAAACACACGUGGGUAAGUGGGUUGCAAGGAAUACGCACGAACAGUUUGGUAUAAGGUGAGUUUAUAUUGCCACCAUUAUUUGCGAACUCCCAUUUCCAUAUCAUUUAACAAUACUUGCACAGUAUAAUAUAUUGUUACCACUUGGUGUGCAUUGUACAUACCAUGAUUAAUAGUCGACCGCGUUGAAUCUCACAUUCAGCGACAUAAAAGCAACUAUUUGUCAUACAUUAACAAGAACAGAUACAAGACAUUUACUGUUUGGAGAUUAAGACAAACUGUAAAUCUCUAUGCGGGUGGUUCAAUCGAGAAAUGAGAGAUUGAAUUCCGGCCACUAAUCGUUCCACCCAGAAUUUAGAAACGCAUUGUCCUAUCAGAACCAUUUUUCGUGAAACAUUGGGGAGCGUUGAGAAAUUACGUCACGUUAAAAAGGGGGGGGGUGUCAGCAAAGUGUGACGACCCAUACAAAAAUUUCAGAGAUCCCAUACAAAAAGUGUGACAUAGGGAUGAGGAGGGGUUGAAAAUGACUAAUUUUUGUGUGCCGUAAUUUAAGGACGAUCCCUUGUUUAAUUCUAGCAUUUUUCGAAUUAAAAUGAUCUAAAUAUUUUUAUAUUUUUUGUUACUUUAUUUCUUAAAUGAAAAUUUCUCUCAUUUCUUGGUUAAAAAUCGUUUGAAGCGUCCGAAGCAUGCGGGGCGGGUCAUGCAAUCGAAAUAAACUGGAAAGCCCGCCGAAUGGGAGGAGCUUCAUCUGCUAAUCUAGGGGCAUAAAAGCUGUUCCCUCUGAUUUCUUUCGUCAUUUUCAUUGGAUCAGUCAGGGAGGGUGAAGGUGGAUAUCACGUCCACGGCUGCGCAGCAGCACGUCAACUUCGACGAGUGAUAGCACCAGGAAUCUCAUCCACUGAUCACGGCUGCGGUGGGCCUGGCAAUGGAAGUUACCUCCGCAGCUGGGUAAGCUGCGCACCAACUCAGCGACGACUCUCGACUAUCUAUCUGAUAGAACCAGGAAUCUCAUUCAUGGCAGCAGGCGGCGGCAGUUUUCGAUGGCUUUCCGCAUUCAGUGCGGAUAAUUUUCAAUUGUCUUUCUAAAAUCAACCGUUAUUUGAACGGACCUUCUCAGGGCCAGAGAAAAUUAUUCCUUAAGAGUUAUGAACCGGAUAAUUUUCGGAUAUAUUCCAUCGAUCGGCAAAAGUGUAGUGCAUUCGAAAAGUGAAUGGUUGAAUGCUUGGUGGCUCAGCAACAGCAAAAUCGAUCACUAAUCUUUCUACACGAAAUUUAACAACGCAUUAUCUUAUUCGGACAAAUGUGCCUGGAACAUUGCUUCAUUCUUAUAUUUAUCGAAUUAAAAUGAUCGUAACUAUUCAAUACUUCAAUUAGUUUAUCCGUUCGAUUAAAAAUUGCCUCAAAGAACGGUUGAUUAGUCGUUUGAAGCGUCUGACACAAUGUGGGCGGGUCAUACAAACGGAAUAAACUGGAAAGCCCGCCGAAUGGGAGGAGCUUCAUCUGCUAAUCUAGGGGCAUAACAGCUGUUUCCUCUGUUAUCUUUCGUCAUUUUCCUUGGAUCAGUCAAGGAGAAGGGAGAUUGUCACCUCCCAGCUAGGCAACUGCACACAAACUCAGUGAUGACUCUCGGCUAUCGUGGUGGCAGCACCAGGAAUCUCAUCCUCGACAGCAAACGGCCGCAUUCAGUAUGGGUAAAAUCACAUUGCGUGAUGAGUUCAUGCAGUUGCCUUGCCAAAAUCUUCCGUUUUAUAAACGGUCUUUUCCAGGAUCAGUGAAAAUGAUGCCUCAAGAGUUAUGAUUCGGAUAAUUAAAAGCGACAGACUGAAAGCUUGGUAGUUCAGCAAUAGUGAAGUCGGCCACUAAUAUGUUCUUCCCGGAUGAAAACAACGUACACACUUAAUUUGGAGUACCGUGUUCGGUAAAUUUUUGACGAAAAUAGAACAGCUGUAUACAGCUAUAUACUGCAUUGUUUACCUUUUGCACCAGGUUUGACAGCUGUUGUACUGAGCCUCAGUAAAAUUGAUUACCGAAGCUACCGAAAUAGUUCUGCUGUUCUAUUUUCGUCAAAAAAAUGCUGAACAGGCAAUUCAGGAUUGAGUGUGUAUAGUCCAUUUUACGAGCCGAUUUUAUGAAUGAAUUUUGACAGAAGGUAGCGUCCAAUAACCCGUGAAAACCAAUAUCAUCAUCAACAUUGUUGUCACUUCAUAAAAUGGCUCAUUGUCGGAAGAGUUUCACGUUAAACUUAAGUUGAAAAGAUCUAUCUAAUGCCGUUCAAUUAUCUAAUAAUUCAGCUGAAUAACAGCUUCUUGAGUUAAAGUUAGCUUAAGAGUGAUUUGAUUUACUCUUAUCACACUUAAAUUAAAUCGCCGACCUCAGCAAACGGAUUGCCGAGAAUCCGGUAAUAAUUUUCACUGAAUCUCGGUAAAAGUUUUACCGAGAUGUCGUUAAAACUUUGCCGAGAUCUCGGUAAUCAAACUUUUUACCGAGAUCUCGGCAAAGUCCACCAAGACUCGGUAAUGGUUUACCGAGAAUCAGUAAAUAUUUUACCGAGAUAUCAGCUGUUGGAUUCUCGGUAAACCGUUUACCGAGAUCAAUUUCUGAAUUUAAGUGUGAUACAGCAAAAAUGUUUGUUGGGUUAUGAAUGCAUUCAGCGAAAGCGAUCACAACAACUUUACUCAACACAUCAGUCCACCAUUUGUAUUGUCAUAACAACAAACAUUGUAUAUUAUGGAAAUAUAAAAGUCGGAAUCUCGUUCCAGUCUUUGUCCUACGUCAACAUUGCGGUUAUGUCUCAGACAUUACCCACUCCUAGUUUUUCGUUCUGAGUAGUAGUAUGGAAUUGGGAUCACCAUGAUGAUUGGAUGGAACAGUUUUCCUUCUUAUAUAUUGGAUCUUUGUGGUGACUCUGAUCCCUCUGAACGGACUAGAUGUGCUGUUUGUUGCUGUACCUACACCAAGAGUGAUUGAUAGGGUGGAUCAUAUUGUUAACGAAUAUUAGACAUUUUUAAAUUGUACUACUUGUUUUUCAUUCGAUUGUUUCUAUUUUCGGCGUCUGCAUUUUGAUUGUAGUUGGAUAUCUCGGAUUAUUAUCUUUUGCAAAUAAAUUACUAGGGUCAAAUGAUCAUGUGCAAGCCGUAGGAAAUACCUCUACAAUUUCCAGACAUUUGUUCAAAAAUAGGCGUUUCAGAAGUGUCUACUAGACCGGGUCAACAUGGUCAUUUUUCCGGAACAAAGUUUUUUCGAUGCCUUUCAACGUCCCAAACAGCUGUGCAAAAUUUGGGCGCGAUCGGUUGCGUCCCCACAUUCCGCAUUGCGUUCAAAAUUUGUAUGGAGAUUUAUAUGGGAAUACCUACAUUUUUGCAUUUUCCUAUUGUUAUGCUUAAAUUUGUCUUGAACUAUGUAACAAAUGAUGUUAACGUAUAGCUUAGGGGAUGCUGAUCAACUUUGCCGAAGAGAGUAAGGUGCUAGAGCGACUCUGAAAAAAGUUAUUAACUUCCAAAGUUAGAUAUCUCCGCGCAACUACUAAAAAUCAUUUUUGCUGCCAACACUGCUGGUGCUUCAAAUGAUCACUCUAUCCUUGCAUUCCAUUCUGACAUUUCAUGGAAACCAAUCCCCCAUUUCAUCAACAAACAACAAUUUGGAUUUGGUUCAAAAAUGUUUUCCAGUCGAUUUUCUACGUUUACCUUUAUUAUUUUUUAUAAUAUUCUUAUAAUUCUAGGUCAGCUUUUGAGGAAUAGUUCCGGACCGGAAAUGUUUUAGAGGAGUAUGGGGAGCAAUCAAUAUUCAUCUUUCUGACUCGGUUUAGGAAAUUUAGGAAAUUAUUACCACUCGGAUUACUUCUGAGGUUGUUCCAGAAUUUCUCAAGGAAGGCAGCAGUUUUCAAGUAUUUCGUUUCCCGGCUUGUGAUUACAUUUUUCUUACUUUGCAAACCAAGAGCAAUAAAAAGUGCUUUGAUACUUUCGACCACAGAAGUAAAUCUAAAACCUGAUUUCCCUUAUCCUCGAAGUCGGUAAUUUGUGAGAGUUUUCAUAUGCGAAAUUUGGCUACGAUCGCAGAUAGAUGUAAUAUUUCAUUUUCGAAAGUAUAAAAUAUGCAAGCACUUUUCUUGCAGGAAUUUUAUUAUUGAUUGUUUAUUUUAUAUUAUUUUCAAUUAUGUGUAAUUGUAUAGAGUCUCCCCGAAUAUUGAGAUAAUCCUGCCGCUGCAGCUGUAAUACACAAUUAUUAUACCUAUGAUGUAGUGGUUCCAAGAGUUUUAAACGAUUUAACUUUUUGCGAUCGUUGCGUGUAAAUUAAAUGACACGUUAAAUGGACACUGACUAGCAAUAUGGCAAAAUAAAAAAUACAAUUAUUUUCCCUCAGCUAAUAUAGGGAAGAGUAGAGUUCUUUGAAGACCGGCUUGCGAUAUAUCGAGUUUUAUGACUUUGCUUGUGCUUCAGCUGUAUGAGCUGAAUUAUUUUAUUAUCAGGAACUUGAAUAUUGACAAAUUUUUAGUUGUGGAAGUGCCAUUACCAACCUCUGAUUUCAUUUAUUGCUUUAUUGUUCAAGGAAUUCCGGUAUUUUCACCUUCAUUCUUGUUUACGGACGCAUCAAUUUUUGAAAGUUUGGUUCGAUCGAAUCCGUAAUCCACUUGAUUUUGCUACCGUAAACGGAAAUGCGGACAAUUUAAGUUCGAAAGGUUGAAAACAAGAAUGAGAUAAUUGCAAGAUAUUGUAAAUAAAAAUAGCUGGCUGACUUCUGAUGAUCAUGGGAUGGGAAAGGAUAAAGGAAAACCAUUGAUCUACAUUUAGAACAAAUUUGAAAGGACUUUUUGACAGUUUCAAGGAAAAGAAGCAUCAACUCAUAAGAACCCUUUUACAAAUUUUAUAAGGCUGGGACAACCAAACAUAAAGCGUUACAAAGGGAAGGCAAAGUAUUUUUGCCAAAAUUUUUUUGUGUUAAAAAAAUUAUGAAUGAACCCUAAUAGUUGAGGAGUCUGUCAAGUCAUUAUUGUUUUGAUUCCUAUAAGAAAAUUAGAAUCAAACUAUUAAACUCUGAACUUUUCACUCUGAAAUUUUUGUAUAUUUUCAGUGUCAUAACUCUAAUAGAAUAGAUCAAUUCAUACGCUUUCCAUUGUCAUCGUUACAAUUCCUAGGACGUAAUAAGUUCCACCAUUUUUUUGAAAUUUAAAUAGUUGUAUUUACAUAGUUUUAGACAUGGUUUACGAUUGUUAAAUACAAUUAGACAUUACGAUGCCAUAGGCUGUUCGAUCCUGUGUUUCUCCACAACUUGCAGCAAAUAAUGUUGCUGCUCAGGAUUUCUAGUCGAUUUGGUGUUAAAAUCUGUGAUCAUCUUUACUGCUCGUUCGGCGACAUCGUUGACAACCAUUAAAGAGGCAACUCGUUUCUUUGCUUUACGAAACGUUUCAUUUGAGCUCCACUGGCUGGCUGGGGUUUUGAGAAAAUUGGUGGAAAUUUCCAUAAUUUCGAAGAAAUCCUUCGUUUCCGCAGUCACGAACGUCGACAGUGUAUCGGAUAGUUUAAUAGUGCUUGCUCUUGUUGGUGUGGGCUGAAUUUUAUUUCGUUUUCUGGUCAGUUUCAUGUGACGUGCCGUGGUUUUGGAGAAAAACGCUUUUUUCAUAUUUUCUUUUUCUUCUUCACUUACUGCGUCGUCGAAAAAAGCCAGUGCGAUAUUCCUUGGUGAUAAGUACCACAGGUGAUUCUCGAAAGCUUUCGCGGCAGUUUUGGCAUAGUCGUCAAAUUCAAAGGAACUGAUCGCCAUCCAAAAUUCCAAAUCGAUCCGAGGGGCGGUGACCUGAAAUUAAUAUAUUAUUUCAUGCAUAUUCAGCACAAAAACUAAUAUACAUACUGGGUUGUUAAGGCUGAACCAAUAACGGACGUAGCACUUCGAGAUAAAAAUACAUAGUGUUUCUUAAUGGUCCAUUAACUCUUCGUCGCAAAUUUUAAAAUUACCAUGGUUCAUCCAAAUUUUCAGAACGUAUAUCGCUCUAGCCAUCCAACGAGCUCGGCUGAUACUGCCUGCUUUUCUGAAUUUCACAUUUUUAGGCAAAUUGCCACCCAAGAACAGCACGACAAGUUCCAGUAGUUCGAUGUAAUCCCCUCUCGGCUGUUUUUCUAUAAGCUGAUUUGAGCAAAACUCGAUAACACUUUGGCGCCACGAUGCUGUAAUCUUGUUUAAGCGAGGGACGGAAAGUACGUUUCGGUGUUUCAAAGUUUCACCCGAGUUCAACUUCGCAUUGAACUCCUCUUGGAAACGUUUAAAUUUGUCCAGCUUGUCAGAUUGGGAUUUAUCGCCUUUCAUUUCGAAGCAGUGCUUCAAAACAAGCUCAGCAACAUGGUGGCGGCACGCAAGUGGCAACAACUUUUUUCCUAGCAUCUCUGGUAAACGGGUGAUCACACCAUUUCUGCAGCCUGAAUUGGUGUUUGUGGUGUCAAAGCUCAUCGCUACAAUUUUGUCGGCCAAGUCCCAGUCGACGAUCGCUUGCCUGAUAGCUUCUGCCUCGGUAGCGGCCGUGCCGUUUGGUAAAGCAGGAACAGCUAGAAGCUUCGAGGUGCCUUCUCCGGUAACUACAAUAGGUAGCCUAUCUUCUCUUUUCCCUGUGAUGCUGUUUGGUAGCAUUUUUCCGUCCCAAUGCACCGUUAGGGGGACAUUUGGCUUGAAAUCUUGUUUAAUCUGGUAGUGAAAGUAGGUGAAAGUACAAAUUAAAAUAUUUUGAUAACAGUGAUAGCCGUUAUAACGUUUGAAGUUCAAAUCAUUGUUUCUGAUUAAAAGUAAGGAGAUCAAUCCCUAAAAUAACGAAGGAAAAAACAUCUAAAAGUAUCCAAAAGAACAACUUGUUUAGUUUUUCAGAGCCAAAACUCUCAGGCCAAAACUACCUAUAGAACUUUAUGAAAUGUAAAAUUAAACCAUUGAAUUAUUACCUCCUCUGCCAUUUCUUUAACUCGCCUCUGACGAGUUAGACGUAUCGUUCUGUAGUUAAUCGCAUAGCUGGCCUCAUGUUCAUUUUUCAAAUGUUUAUCCCGGAUAAGCGCUUUCAGGAUGAUCGACGCGUUCCUGUUCGAGGUUCCAGUCCUUUCCAAAGCGGCAGCCACGUUCGGUGAGAUAAGGUUUUGUUUACGAACUUGUUUUGCUUCCGGUUCAUGAUUUUCAUCAAUAUCUUGAACAUCAGGGUCAGAUACCAUCGCAGUAAUUGGUUGUCUUCUCCGGUUGUUCUUCAGAUGAAUCAAUUGAAUGUUGAAUUUCAAUUUAAUAUGUUUCAUAUUAUAUUUCAUUUGUAUAACAAGACGCAAUAAACAAGAAACAAUUAAAAGAUGUGGUUUGCAUACAUUAGAUAAUAUUAUGCAUAAUUUCAAUUGAAUGCAUACCAUUUCGUCUUCGCUGAGUAGUCGUACGCAAUCUAUAUCAUUUUCAAGUGUCUUCAUGAAUGCAUUUCGUUUUUCUAUAGAACUCACGGUAUUUCGAUUCUUAUUGCGCUGCAAUUCUUUACAGGUAUAAAAUUAGAAAUACUGUAAUUAAAUAUUAAUAUUUUACAUUACUUUGUCAUUCAUUCAACGUUUUCUUUAUUUCACGGGCGAUGUGUGAUUUGGCUUUAAAUUUAUAUCCUGGUAGUGUCAUGUUCAUCAAGCUUUUGGUUACUUUUGAAAUGCACUUCAUCCUUGGAAGCCUCGUCUCCAGUUGUAAGUGAAAAACUACCUUAAGAACAUCCUUCAUCGAUGGAAUCACGUUGGUGGGCAAACUCGGUACCAUUUUUCCAACGAACGGUAUAUCAAAAUCCGAACGUAACGGGCAAGAUCUUCUUCGCUUCGGCAUUUUCAAAACUCACGUCACCACUAGAACGUUCCUUCAUGCACGCCAACCUGUCUUGAAGUAACUGUUCCGAUAAACGUGCCUACUAGAUUUUAAAGAGCAGCUAAGAAUUCCCGAAAGUCGAAUAAUCCGGCAAUCUAAUUUAGUGAAAAUCGGAUCCGCCAUAUACAUUGGUGGUCAUUCGAUUAAAAAAGGCCACACAUGUUUUCCAGUUAUACUUGUUCUUCGGGUUUCGAGGAAUAGUCAGAACUGCACUAAUGUAGUCAAAAAUUCUCACAUUAUACUUUGUAAUGCCAUGGAGUUUCAUUCGUCCCAAACCACAUUCAGAUAACUUCGUGAAAUGGUCACCAGUAGUGGCUGGAAGGCUCGUCCGUUACUCCCCUGAAGCAAAUCCGGAACCACGAUCAUUCCCUAGAAGACGGCCUAGACGACCAUUGUUCCUAAAAUAAUUAGAAUGAGAAUAAUAAGAACAAAUAAGGGAAACAAUACGUAGAAAAACGACUGAGACCAUGAGUUGUUGUUUUUAAACAACUUUUCCGAACAAUUCAAGUUCAGAAAUGUCAAAAUGGAAUGCAAGGAUAAAGUGAUCAUUUGAAACACCAGCAGUGUUGGCAGCAAAAAUGGUUUUCAGUAGUUGCGCGGAGAUAUCUAACUUUGGAAAUUAAUAACUUUUUUCAGAGUCGCUCUAGCACCUUACUCUCUUCGGCAAAGUUGAUCAGCAUCCCCUAGGCUAUACUUUAACAUCAUUUGUUACAUAGUUCAAGACAAAUUUAAGCAUAACAUUAGGAAAAUGCAAAAAUGUAGGUAUUCCCAUAUAAAACUCCAUACAAAUUUUGAACGCAAUGCGGAAUGUGGGGACGCAACAGAUCGCGCCCAAAUUUUGUACAGCUAUUUGGGGCGAUAAAAGGCAUCGAAAAAACUUUGUUCCGGGUGGAUGUGAUCAAAUUUUAAUUUUCCCAUACAACGUUGACCCACUCUAGUGUCUACAGAUAUAAGUUAUAAAUAAUUCCUAAACGUUGCAUAUUAGCGCUUGAAAAGUUCAGAAAUUUGUUCAUUUUUUAAAAAUACUCUAUAUGCUCUUUUUGAUAUUUAGAUAAAUUAGAAAAAAUACAAUUGCUUAACAAUGUUGUAUAAAAGUUUGAUUUUUUACUGAUAAUUAUUUAUUUUUAUAUUCCGACUAAUGCGAUGAAUUGAGCCACGGCCAAAAAGAUAAUUAUCCGAGAUUUCCGACAACUUGCCAUCGCAACAACACAUUUCCAGCUAACAGCACAAAAGACGGUAUUACCAGAUACAUUCUAGCCGCUGAUCUUCAGCAUAGCCAAAAUCAAGAGUUUUGUGUUUUCAUCAAGUUUAAGGUUGCAAAUCUAGUGAAACCUGUAGUUUAACAAAGGAAAAGUUAGUUGUUCAAAAUUAAUUGAAAAUUGAAUCCAACAUUUAGCGCCUGUUCUACAAUCUUAUAUAGUAAAAUUUGGACACAGUUAGUCAGUUUACAUCUACGCAAAACUCGUAGUAAAGGUUAGUUAUUUUCGCAAAAAAAGGAAAUAAAAUGUACUACUACUAUUACAACUACUAGGUAAUACAAUUGUGUGUGCGUGUUUAUAACACGAAUUAAAACCAAGCGCUGGGUAAGACAUGUGGCAAAGAUUAUUAGAGUGGGAGAAAACUUGGAACGUUUAGUGAUACAUAUAUUUGGAAAAACUUUCUUACAAAUUUAGUGGUGUAACUAACACACUAAGAAAUAAUAAACCUAAGCAGACGCAUAUAUACUCUGAUUGGGGAGUUUGAUUUGAAGAUGUAUUUGAGUGAUAUUUACGAACAUAUGGAAAACACACACAGGAAAGGUGAUGUUCCAGCACGGUGCCAAAACGAACGGUUUGGGUUUUGUCGUUUUGUGUGUAAAGAGUAUUAUUUAGUAUUCCAGAAUGCACAUCAAGAAUCCAUGGUUUUGUUUCCGCAAUUCAUAGAGUAAGUUUGAUUGAUUUGUUUUGACAUUCCUUGAGAAGAGAAGAAACAAUCAUUACAAUAGUUUGCUUGCAAAAUUGGUUAUCUCACAAAAGAUGCAUUCUAUUUCAGCGCAAAAUUUGUUUAAGCUGAUACAUAAUGGUUUUGUCUGUAACAUAAUCAGACUUGAAAAUCUCAAAAUACUCAUGAAACACGAAGUGAUUAGAACAAGUCUUGCACGCCCUUGUUGUAUCUGUGUUAAGCAUUAAAAUAUACUUCCUAAUUACAAUCCAUUGGCAUAAAGUUGGUUAAUGUUGAAAACUGAAACACAGAAAACGACGGCGGAAAACAUAAUCACAAACGAGAAACAAAAUAAUCCAUAUUAGCAUUGCAGUAGUUAUGUAGAUGUACUUAAAAUCCAAACAUAACCUAUAACCACACACAUACACAGUCGAUGAACACUAUGGAAAAAAAUGAAACUCACGAUUAUAAAUUACAAUUAACACUCACACACAGGGUAACACAUACAGUUUUGUAUAUCAAAUAUACAAUUGAGAUAUGGAAAAUCAGCAGCGAGCAAAAUUUUAUUCAACACGCCCAAUCGAAUGUGCGCGUAAGGAACAUCAGUAAUAAAAAAAAUCAAAUUAAAUAAAAAUAAAGACCCAGCAAACCGUAAGCGUAACAACAAUGAAUAACCCAAAACAGUAAAACGAAACAUGCAAACAUGGAUAUCAAAGCGGAUUAAAAAUAAACACAAAUUUGAGACAAA